AUGGACAUCUCGUGUGGAAUCAUGAGACCCUUGCAAUUAACCCAUGCAUCGGUACAAUCUUUGGAUAUGCACGGAGGAUGUCCUUCAAUCCUGCCAAAAGUGCUUGAGAUGUCAUGGGCCCUUGGGACCUUGAAGAACCAGGUUCCACAAUUGCGGUCAACUACAACAUUUCACAUACAAACGGCCCAUGAAUGGAUCUGGUUCUUUUCAUUUCCAUUUGCAAACUCGGCCUACAACCUUCAACCGGGGACCUCUUUCCACGGGUACCGAGGCACCCGACGAGAACAGCUACCGGCAUCAUCUAUCCAACAUAGAAUCUAUCCUCUCCAGUCGCACUCACCGACCGAGGGGAAAACUGCAAUUCGGCUCCCGAAGAUGCAUUUGGUUUCCAACGGGUAUAAACACUCCAACCAGGAGAUCUUUGCUUCCCCACUGGCUACAGCACCUAUACGUUCACACUCGUUCACACCGCCACAUCUGUAUGCUCUUUAG